AUGUCCUUCUCCCUUCGCAUCCAGCACGGCAUCACUGGCGGCUUUGCGCCCCCGCGUCCAUCUGCCGUUCACGAGUUGUCCCUCGACCCGUCCAUUGCACCCACCUCGAUCCUCCUCGCAUCCUCGCUCCGCCCAGACGGCACUCCCCACCUCCAGUCGCACCCACCCAAGUCUGUCCCCCUCUCCGCCACCACAACCGCCCUCCUCGACGAGCUCCGCUCUAUCCUCCACCGUCUCCCCACAGAGAACCCCCCUUCCUCAGACAUCUAUCACAGGGACAUCGGCAUCAUGUGGCAGAGCGACGAUCUCACCUGGUUCAACUCCGCGCCCCAGGGCUGCGCCAGGUUCGACAGCGACGUCGCCCCGACAGAGGACGAUAAGAAGGCAUUUGAUCGUGCCGUCGAGAUUGUCGACGCCCUCGUCAAGAGCGGCGUUGCACAGGAAGUCUAG